AUGGUGGCGAGCAUGUGGAAGAAGGUGGCCUUCCUGCCAGGCGGCACCAUGCGGUCGUACACGUCUGCGCGGGGAACAAGAGGGGCGGGGGCUCAAAGUCAAGCCUGGAAGAGCAUUGGCAAGCGGUGCAAGAGCAUUGGCAAGCGGUGCAAGAGCAUUGGCAAGCGGUGCAAGAGCAUUGGCAAGCGGUGCAAGAGCAUUGGCAAGCGGUGCAAGAGCAUUGGCAAGCGGUGCAAGAGCAUUGGCAAGCGGGGCAAGAGCAUUGGCAAGCGGUGCAAGAGCAUUGGCAAGCGGUGCAAGAGCAUUGGCAAGCGGUGCAAGAGCAUUGGCAAGCGGUGCAAGAGCAUUGGCAAGCGGGGCAAGAGCAUUGGCAAGCGGUGCAAGAGCAUUGGCAAGCGGUGCAAGAGCAUUGGCAAGCGGUGCAAGAGCAUUGGCAAGCGGUGCAAGAGCAUUGGCAAGCGGGGCAAGAGCAUUGGCAAGCGGUGCAAGAGCAUUGGCAAGCGGUGCAAGAGCAUUGGCAAGCGGGGCAAGAGCAUUGACAAGCGGGGCAAGAGCAUUGGCAAGCGGUGCAAGAGCAUUGGCAAGCGGGGCAAGAGCAUUGGCAAGCGGGGCAAGAGCAUUGGCAAGCGGUGCAAGAGCAUUGGCAAGCGGUGCAAGAGCAUUGGCAAGCGGUGCAAGAGCAUUGGCAAGCGGUGCAAGAGCAUUGGCAAGCGGUGCAAGAGCAUUGGCAAGCGGUGCAAGAGCAUUGGCAAGCGGUGCAAGAGCAUUGGCAAGCGGCGGUGCAAGAGCAUUGGCAAGCGGUGCAAGAGCAUUGGCAAGCGGUGCAAGAGCAUUGGCAAGCGGUGCAAGAGCAUUGGCAAGCGGUGCAAGAGCAUUGGCAAGCGGUGCAAGAGCAUUGGCAAGCGGUGCAAGAGCAUUGGCAAGCGGUGCAAGAGCAUUGGCAAGCGGUGCAAGAGCAUUGGCAAGCGGUGCAAGAGCAUUGGCAAGCGGUGCAAGAGCAUUGGCAAGCGGUGCAAGAGCAUUGGCAAGCGGUGCAAGAGCAUUGGCAAGCGGUGCAAGAGCAUUGGCAAGCGGUGCAAGAGCAUUGGCAAGCGGUGCAAGAGCAUUGGCAAGCGGUGCAAGAGCAUUGGCAAGCGGUGCAAGAGCAUUGGCAAGCGGUGCAAGAGCAUUGGCAAGCGGUGCAAGAGCAUUGGCAAGCGGUGCAAGAGCAUUGGCAAGCGGUGCAAGAGCAUUGGCAAGCGGUGCAAGAGCAUUGGCAAGCGGUGCAAGAGCAUUGGCAAGCGGUGCAAGAGCAUUGGCAAGCGGUGCAAGAGCAUUGGCAAGCGGUGCAAGAGCAUUGGCAAGCGGUGCAAGAGCAUUGGCAAGCGGUGCAAGAGCAUUGGCAAGCGGUGCAAGAGCAUUGGCAAGCGGUGCAAGAGCAUUGGCAAGCGGUGCAAGAGCAUUGGCAAGCGGUGCAAGAGCAUUGGCAAGCGGGGCAAGAGCAUUGGCAAGCGGUGCAAGAGCAUUGGCAAGCGGUGCAAGAGCAUUGGCAAGCGGUGCAAGAGCAUUGGCAAGCGGUGCAAGAGCAUUGGCAAGCGGGGCAAGAGCAUUGGCAAGCGGUGCAAGAGCAUUGGCAAGCGGUGCAAGAGCAUUGGCAAGCGGGGCAAGAGCAUUGGCAAGCGGGGCAAGAGCAUUGGCAAGCGGUGCAAGAGCAUUGGCAAGCGGGGCAAGAGCAUUGGCAAGCGGUGCAAGAGCAUUGGCAAGCGGUGCAAGAGCAUUGGCAAGCGGUGCAAGAGCAUUGGCAAGCGGUGCAAGAGCAUUGGCAAGCGGUGCAAGAGCAUUGGGAAGCGGUGCAAGAGCAUUGGCAAGCGGUGCAAGAGCAUUGGCAAGCGGUGCAAGAGCGUAGCAAAUUAUCCCAGCUUUGGUGAGCACGCGCUUAUAGAAGCAUGGACCAAAACCUCUUCCAGCAAGGACAAGCGCCGCCCGUGGGGCUCGAACCCACGACCACAAGGUUAA